GCGCAUUGCGCUAUAUAUCAGCUUAUAACCUUGAAACACAUGUCUCCUUUGUCCAACACCACUACUGGAGAAAUAAAGUAGAUCUAGAUUAUGAUGAAACACUCAUCCUGAUCCAUCGCAAUUCGCAAAUCUUCUUUGUUCACUCCGUCACUCGUUUGAUAACGUGAAAAAAAUUAUACAUAUACUUUUUACUUACUUAUGGUAGAAAGAACAAAUUUUGUUGUAGAUAUAAUAAAAUUAGUGUGAAGAAAAUCGUGUCCAAGUAUAGCCUUCUAGUCUUGGAAUUUUAUCGUUUUAUCACUGAUCCCUGAACUAAAGAGAACAUGAAUACAGGUCGCCCGAGACACAAGAUUUCAGCGGGCAGAGUCAGAUUCGUGGACCAAUGGAUGUCGUGUGCGCCAAAAAAUAAAGAAUCCCCUGACGUCUCGGUGAAAGUCGGCGCAGAAAUUUAUUCCUUGAAUCGCUUACGAUUAGCAUUAAUGUCCAACUAUUUCGAAAAAUUGUUCACCACCGAGUACAUGGAGAAAGAGAGUGAACUAAUAGAGAUACAGGCACUGGACAGUCUAACGUUUUCCGCUAUAAUCGAUCUAACUAACGGCGAAAAUCUCGAUUCACUUAUAGAUGCCGAUAGUUACGUUUCAUUGUUAUUGGCUAUGGAUUAUUUGCAAAUGGAAAUCGAUCUAAGGCCGUUCAAGAAGUUCAUAAAGACGUACACGAAGAAAGACUUGCCUUUCGAUCCUCAAAUGUUCGAACUAUGCCACGUUAUUUGCGCGAAUCGAGAUUAUACAUAUUUGGAACGCGACGUUCAUAUCUAUUUAUCCAGUUAUUUGAUGGAUUUCCCAACAUAUCAAGAAUUUCUUCUUUUACCGCCCGAACAUCUCAUAAACGUUAUUAAAAUUCAACAACGUACGUCCAAAUAUUCCUUUGUUUACGAGAAAACCGUAAUCAGUCAGAUAUGUGCUAAAUGGAUUUAUCAAGACGUUGAAAACCGACUCCAGUAUUUUAUACAGCUGGUGAAUGCCGCGAAUCGUAGACUAUUUCAAUCUUUUUUUAGAAUAAAUGCCUGUGAUGUUGGCGAUCGUUUGAAUAAUGUGGAAGAAGGCAGCAAAGAAGAAAAGAUGGGAAGAUAUUUCUAUCAAUUAUUGAAUGGAGAAAAUUUUUGUUGUGAUGACCCCGAACCCGAAAAUCCAAAAAUCUCAACUACAAAAGAAACUUGUUACACGGUUAAUCAGAUUGAAAAGAAUGAAAAAUGGUCCAAAUUUGUCGAAAACGCAUUUCUGUACGAUGUAACGAUUAAAGCUGAGGAAAAAACGUAUAAACUUCACCGAUCGAUGUUGAAAAGAUCUUCGAAAUAUUUCGCUGGCAUUUUUGCUGCCGAAAAGCGCGAAACAGGAUCGUCAAUAUGUGUGGACAAAGAUAAACCGCAUGUGAUCGAUAUGGAUGCAGCAACUUUCGAUGCGAUUGUCGAGUUCAUCUAUUUCGAUGAUGUUGUAUUGAAUAGGACUACGUGUAUUGGAUUAUUGAAAGCUGGAAAAGCGUUGAAAAUUGAAGAUUUAAUACUAACCUGUUGCUUAUGGAUGAAAUGCAAUGAAGAAAAAUUAUGUUUCGAAGACAUUCUUCGUAUAUUGGAUUUUAUCGAGCACGAUGAAGAUUAUACCCGUAGGUACGAGUAUCGUGAAAUUUAUAAGCUGUUAUUGUUACUGUUCGAUUGCGAUGCAAGCGAAAACCUGACGAAUGAUAUAAUUCGUCGCGUAUGGAACGUUGGUGAAAUUUUACAAUGGGGUGAAUUGACGAAUAAAUGCGUAGAAUGGAUCGUAAGAAACCUUCUCGGAUCAAAUAUCGAAGAUGUUCUCAAAACUUUGAACAAAGAACAAGGAGAAGACGUGUUGCGUAGAUUUCUCGAUAUGUAUACGGAUGCGUUAUUCUACAACCAUGUAUUUUACAUUUUACAAGUUACCGAACACUUCGAAUUCGAGAAACUUACGUAUCGUUGUUUAGAAUGGAUGAUGCAAAAUCGAAAAGCAAUGAGUCCGGAGAACGUUAUCAAAAUAUUGAAUUUUACCCUCGGAAAGGAGAAGUUCGAUCAUUAUUAUGGAUUUUUCUUAUGCGAGCACGUUAUCGCUACGUGGCCCAACGUGAACGAGUCGCUGUUCUGUACGAUUUCCAGCGCCAUGCUGGAGAAUAUGCUUGCAUCGCCGAAUCUCCUGUUCGAUGAUCCUCGCUGUAUUCUGGAUAUAUGCGCGAAAUGGAUCGUUUACGAUGUAGAAAAUAGGUAUCCCUUGAUGCCUAAAAUCGCUUUCGAUAUUAAUUGCAAUUGUAUGGCGAAUCGCGAUGAUUUUAAUAUCACGGAAAUUCCUCAAGAUUUGAACAACUGCUCGGAACAAUCGAUUAGAGAUAAAUUGUGGGAAAUACUGUCUGCGAAUCCGUUAAUGCCCCGUUAUUCCGAUCCGAGGUAUUCGGAAAAGCCGGUAUUUAUUUCAUCUUAUAAUUCGGAAAAUUCGCCCGAUGUUGAGGAAUUCAGGUGUGAUAUAUUUGACGUCGAUUUCAACAAGAUCGCUUCAUUGAAGCCUCUCCAGCUAUACAAUGAUUGUCUCCUGGAAAAUAGUUUACGCAUGAAGCAGAGUGACGCUCAUGUAUUAUCCGCAACCCAAAUCGAAGAUAACUUAUUCAUGAUUUUUAAAGUAUGCACAAAAUAUGUUUUCUUAGUUUACGUUUCAUCGUUUAAAAAAUUAUAUUCUCUGGCAAGUAUCCCUUGCAGAAAAAAUGAGUUUUACCAGCAGAAAACGAUACUGAAUUGCGAAAACCAAGUGUACGGGGUGUUUUUCGAGAAUACAAUGAUGAAGUAUUCCGUACAAAUGAAUCGCUGGGAAGUGAUUUCUGAUACCAAAGUUGGAACGAAGCGCAUUUCAAGAGGUUGUAUUCGUUAUACGAGUGAUGGUACGAAUCUGUUCAGAGUUUUCGAACCGUAUUAUCGGUAUCCUCCUUCAUCAAAAAAGUCUCUUCCAAAAUAUGUGAUAGAACUGUGGAAAGAUUCGUGGUUUUCGUUUGCAGACUUGACCAAUUUCCGUUCCGAAAAUCUUAUUCACGUAAGCAACAUCGAGAAUAGCAUCGCGGUGUUACUCCAGAGCGAGUUAUGGUUGUUCGAUAUUCAGUCGCUAUCAUGGCGCAACUUUUCAGUUCCUUCGGAAGUUUCCUUUUCUUCGUCGAUGUUGAAUUCCCCAUUCGUUACUAAUCAUGGUAAUAGUCUAUUGUAUGUGUUCAAUAACGAUGUGUACGAAUUACAGCAUAGAGAAGAAGAGUGGAAAAUGAAGAAAAAUUUGCCUUUCGAACCUUAUGUUAUUGGUAAUAUGAAGUUGAUUCAUCGCUCUGUAUCAACGAAACUUGCGCCUGAGUCGGCCAUGUCUCCAGUUUGUCGUAUGAUCGUAUCGUCUUGAGUUUACUCGAUCAUGUACCUAUAGUUUUAAGUGUGUGAAUUAUUUUUAUAUCGAUCUAAACUAAUGAAUCUACUUAUCGUGUUUUGAAAUCAGAUUGAUUUGUUACUAUUGAUGAAAUUUUGAAUUAUUACAUAAUUUACUUAAUCAUA